CCGGGCCUGGCCGCGGCCACCAUGAGCGACGGGACCAUCUGCAGCGCCCUGCCCGCCAUCCCCUACCGCAAGCUCGCCGACCUGCGCUACCUGAGCCGCGGCGCCUCGGGCACCGUGUCGUCAGCCCGCCACGCGGACUGGCGCAUCCAGGUGGCCGUGAAGCACCUGCAUAUUCACACCCCGGUGCUCGACAGUGAAAGAAAUGAUGUUCUAAGGGAAGCUGAAAUUUUACAUAAAGCCAGAUUUAGUUACAUUCUUCCAAUUUUGGGAAUUUGCAAUGAGCCUGAAUUUCUGGGAAUAGUUACUGAAUACAUGCCAAAUGGGUCAUUAAAUGAACUCCUACAUAGAAAAACUGAAUAUCCUGACGUUGCUUGGCCGUUGAGAUUUCGCAUCCUGCACGAAAUUGCACUUGGAGUAAAUUACCUGCACAACAUGAACCCUCCUUUACUUCAUCAUGACUUGAAGACUCAGAAUAUUUUAUUGGAUAAUGAAUUUCAUGUUAAGAUUGCAGAUUUUGGUUUAUCAAAAUGGCGCCUGAUGUCCCUCUCACAAUCACGAAGUAGCAAAUCUGCACCAGAAGGAGGGACGAUUAUAUAUAUGCCACCUGAAAACUAUGAACCUGGACAAAAGUCAAGGGCCAGUGUCAAGCAUGAUAUAUACAGCUAUGCAGUUAUCAUGUGGGAAGUGUUAUCCAGAAAACAGCCUUUUGAAGAAGUCACCAAUCCUUUGCAGAUUAUGUAUAGUGUGUCACAAGGACAUCGACCUGACACCAGUGAAGAAAGUUUGCCAUAUGAUAUACCUCAUCGAACGCUUAUGAUCUCUCUAAUAGAAAGUGGAUGGGCCCAAAAUCCAGAUGAAAGACCAUCUUUCUUAAAAUGUUUAAUAGAACUUGAACCUGUUUUGAGAACAUUUGAAGAAAUAACUUUUCUUGAAGCUGUUAUUCAGCUAAAGAAAACAAAGAUACAAAGUCUGGCGGCUGUGUUGUCCAGACUGGCCUUGAAUUCCCCAGCUCCAAGUGAUUCUCCUGCCUCAGCCUCCAGAUUACAGAGUGCUUCAUGUGGUCCUCACCCAUGUGAUAAGAAGAAAAUGGAAUUAUCUCUGAACAUACCUGUAAUUCAUGAUCCACAGGAGGAAUCAUGUGGAUCCUCUCAGCUCCACAAAAACAGUGGUUCUCCUGGAACCUCCAGGUCCCUGUCAGCUCCUCAAGACAAUGACUUUCUAUCUAGAAAAACUCAAGACCCUUUUUCUGUGAAGCUGCAUUGCUGUUCAGUAAAUCACAGUUGGGAUAAUACCAUUUCUGCAUCACAAAAGGCGAUAUUCUGUGAUAAAACUGUUCCAUACUCUUCACCAAUAAUUAAUCCACUCACAGCUGAGGGAAAUUCAGAGCAUCUACAGCCAGGUAUGGCCCAACAGUGGAUCCAGAGCAAAAGGGAAGACAUUGUGAGCCAAAUGACAGAAGCCUGCCUUAACCAGUCACUAGACGCCCUUCUGUCCAGAGACUUGAUCAUGAAGGAAGACUAUGAACUUAUUAGUACCAAGCCUACAAGGACGUCAAAAGUCAGACAAUUACUGGACACCACUGACAUCCAAGGAGAAGAAUUUGCUAAAGUUAUAGUACAAAAGUUGAAAGAUAACAAACAAAUGGGUCUUCAGCCUUACCCUGAAGUACUGGUAUCGUCUAGAUCACCCUCUUUAAAUUUACUUCAAAAUAAAAGCAUAUAAUUGAGUCUUUUACAAGAAAAAUACUGGUUUAUAAAAGGAUAUUUAUAUCUAUGUUGCCUUGAUAUUGUUUUUAUAAAAUCUAUAUGAAAGUUAGAGACUUUACUAAAGAUUCUGCUUUUAUUAAAUAUUAGUCUCCUUCCAUGACAUUGCAGUAUUUUUUUUAAAUUAAUGUAAGUAAAAAGCUUGCAUUUUGCUACAUA